CACAUUCUGAGAGCCAGCGAGCGAGCGAGCGAGCGGGGGGCAGAAAUUAGACGCCGACCGAGACCCCGGGCUCUGCGAUCGGCUGUGUUUAAAGCGCACGAUCCGGAGGAAAUUAUUACAAGCAAGAAGCUCAGGGGUAGAAAAGGCAGUAACAUCAACACAACAUGGUGUCGCUGGUAGAUUGAAUGUAUUUUCUCCCUGCUGUGGAAUGUGGUUGCUCGGGCCGAGGUGCGUUCCAUUGGCUCUGAGCCGCAUAACUUCGUGUAAAAAAAAGAGAAACUGCGGUGACUCCAAAUUGCCUGUAUUUACCCCAUUACAUCGGGGACAGUCUUGGGGAGACGAUUUGUGAUUUUAACGUGUAAUUAACUACGGAAGAUAUUUUUGAUGAUCAGGAUGGUCAUGGGAAUGAAGUUGACAUAAUCUUUCUGUUGAAAAUAAAUCAAAGGACCACGAGUGACUAUCAAGAGAGGAAGUAUAAAUAUAUUGAUUACAGCAGACUGAUACAACCUCCUCAACAUCUGCAUUGAGUCCAUAGAGUUUAUUUAUGAAAAGCACAAAUUGUUUCGGUGAUGAGGCCAAAGACAUUUCCAGCCACUUCGUAUGUUGGAAACAGCCGCCAAAGACUACAGGAAAUUCGGGAGGGGUUGAAGCAACCUCCUAAAUCUUCAAGUCAGGGCUUGAAUGUUGGCUCUAACAAUGAAACCCAGCUUGACCUGAAAGUCACUGUUGGAAAAGAUUCCACCAGACAGCAGCAGAUGCGACCGGUCCCAAAAUUUGGCCCUUAUCAGAAAGCUCUCAGGGAAAUCAGAAACUCCCUAAUGCCAUUUGCAAAUGAGUCAGGUUCAUCCAUCAGCGUUGAAGUAAACAGGCAGAUGCUUCAAGAAUUAGUGAAUGCUGGAUGUGAACAGGAAAUGGCAAUCAGAGCUCUGAAGCAGACUGGUAGCAGAAGCAUAGAAGCAGCUCUGGACUACAUAAGCAAGAUGGGUUAUCUGGACCCUAGGACUGAACAAAUCGUACGAGUUAUUAAGCAGACUUCACCAGGAAAAGGUGUUGGACCACAUCUUGAUCAUAGACCAAGUUUCGAAGGAUCAAACGACUCUUUGUCUGCCUAUCAUCAGAUGGGAAAUCCAAUUUACGAAGCAGCAGAUUCUGGAGCUGAGGGUGGAAGUAUACAUAAUGAACUAUCACGGCAAUUUGCAAAUACAUCUAAUGUUAACUUUUUAGUUGCAACUGGACAAGCCAUGACAGCUAACAAUCCCGGACAGAGGUGCUCCCCCAUAGGACAGCACCCUACAAUGAGUGGACAGAAUCCUCCAUCGAAUAAUAUAUUCCCACCCAUAGCUUGUGAUAUUAAACAUCAACAGAAAGCAUAUUCAGCCAAAGGUGAGACAGGCCAAACUCUCCAAAUGAUUAGUUACAACCUCUCAAAUCACAGCAGCCAAACAAUUGCACUACAAGGCUCUCAAGUGUCAAAUAAUCCUCAUUAUAUCAGGCAGCAUUUAAUAGCUCAAGGAGACAACGCUGUUUCUUUAGGUUAUCCUGUCCAAAGAAGCUCAUCUUUCCAAAAUAAGAUCCAACAAGAGGGAAGUUAUGGAAGCCUUCAGAAUAAAAAUCAUGUCACUCAAGGCAUUGCCACGCUCACCUUCCAACAGUCUCCAACAGUUCUAUACUUACCACAGUCCCACCACAGACAACAAAGUCCUACAUCGCCUCAAAUGCAGAUGUUGCCAGGUGUUGCUCCAGCAUUUGGAAAUGACUUUCCUGAACUUGCCCCAAAUAUGAUGACACCCUCAAGAAAUAGCCUGAACAUGGAGAUUUUUGAUAUUAACUCUUCCCAGGUACAGCAUUGGCAGGUACCAUCUCCAAUGAGAAGGGAUUCCCUGCAGAACACUGGGCUGGAGACAUUGCCAAGAUCAGCCGGCCACCUGAGGCCAGAUGCCAAAAUUCCAAAUCGAACUAAUUCAUUCAAUAAUAAACUGCAGACAUCACCAUCUGUGAGACAAGUUCAGACGAACAAAACAGAUCCAUCUCUUAACACUACCAAUACUAUUACAGCAGUAACAUCAACCCCUAUUCUCAAAGCAGUGAGGAGCAUUAGAGUUCCAAGGCCUGAGCCUCAGACAGCUGUGGCACCUUUACAUCCAGCAUGGUUACAGACUCAGGGCACAGAUAGCAAUGAUGCAAUGGAUCAGAAGCCAUUGGCAGUAGGUGGGGCUGUAGCCUAUCCCCUGGAGCCUGAUGAUUACUCUGUGAAAGAGCGUCGAUGCCCUCCACCACCAUAUCCAAAACAUCUGUUACUUCAGAACAGCACAGAGCAGUUUGAUGCCAAUAGUUUAUGCAUGGGUGUGGACCAAAAUAUUCGGGCUAUUCAAAGUUUGACAUGCAAUGAAACUGAAAGUAUCGGCAAUCAAAAAUCUGAGAAAAAUAGCAAGCCAAACAAAUCAGAGAAGAUGGGAAAGGACAAAAAACUUAUUCAAACAUCUCCUGUACCAGUUCGCAAAAACAACAAAGAUGAGGAAAAGAGAGAAUCGAGAAUUAAAAGCUACUCCCCUUUUGCUUUUAAAUUCUUCAUGGAACAACAUGUAGAAAAUAUAAUGAAAACAUACCAACAAAAAUUAAACAGAAGGUUGCAGUUGGAGCAAGAGAUGUCAAAGGCAGGACUGUCCGUGGCUGAACAAGAACAGAUGAGGAAAAUGCUUAAUCAGAAAGAAUCCAAUUACAACAGAUUGAAAAGAGCAAAAAUGGACAAAUCCCUGUUUGUAAAAAUUAAGACUCUGGGAGUCGGUGCAUUUGGGGAGGUCUGCCUGGCUCAAAAAGUAGACACCAAUGCUCUGUAUGCAAUGAAAACUCUAAGGAAAAAAGAUGUGUUGAGUCGCAAUCAAGUGGCUCACGUGAAAGCUGAAAGGGACAUUCUGGCUGAAGCUGACAAUGAAUGGGUGGUUAAGCUUUACUACUCCUUCCAAGAUAAAGACAGCUUGUACUUCGUGAUGGAUUACAUCCCUGGUGGAGAUAUGAUGAGUCUCUUAAUACGAAUGGGAGUUUUUCCAGAAUCAUUGGCAAGAUUCUAUAUUGGAGAACUGACUUUAGCCAUUGAGAGCGUCCACAAAAUGGGAUUUAUUCACAGAGAUAUUAAACCUGAUAACAUCCUGAUAGAUCUUGACGGACACAUUAAGCUCACUGACUUUGGUCUUUGUACUGGGUUCAGAUGGACACAUGAUUCCAAAUACUAUCAGAAAGGGAGCCAUGCCAGACAAGACAGCAUGGAGCCAAGUGAUCUUUGGGGAGACUUGUCUGAUUGCAAGUGUGGUGAUAGAUUAAAAACCCUUGAACAGAGGGCUGCCCGACAGCACCAAAGAUGCCUGGCCCACUCACUGGUCGGAACUCCAAACUACAUUGCUCCUGAGGUUCUGGUACGAAAAGGAUAUACACAACUGUGUGACUGGUGGAGUGUAGGAGUUAUACUCUUUGAGAUGUUAGUGGGACAGCCUCCUUUUCUUGCUCCAACACCUGCAGAAACUCAAAUUAAGGUAAUAAAUUGGGAGAGUACACUGUACAUUCCACCACAAGUAAAACUUAGUCCUGAAGCAAGAGAUCUCAUCACAAAGCUCUGUUGUGGAGCCAGUGACAGACUUGGUGGAAACGGAGCAGAUGAAAUUAAGGCUCAUCCUUUCUUUACCUCCAUUGAUUUUUCUAAAGACAUCCGCAGACAGCCAGCACCCUAUGUUCCAAAGAUUAGCCAUCCUAUGGACACCUCAAACUUUGAUCCAAUAGAAGAGGAGAAUUUGUGGAAUGACAGCAGUGACAGCACCAAAACCUCUGACACAUUAACUAGUCCCAUUGGUGGUAACAAGCAUCCUGAACAUGCAUUUUAUGAGUUCACUUUCCGACGGUUCUUUGAUGACCAUGGUUAUCCUUUCCGGUAUCCAAAACCCUUAGAAAAUAAUGAACCCAAAGAAAGUCAGCCGGAUUUGGGCCAGAGUGAAUCUGUCAACCAUGGUGAAAGCUAUCAGCCAGUAUAUGUUUAGAAACAAAAUAUAACAUUUUCUAUUAAUUGUGAUUUUCGUUUUUUGUUGUUGUUGUUCCAGAAUUCAAACAGGAAAUUUUACCUGACAUCUGUGGCUUAAAACAGAUAGCACUUACUUUGUCAGUGGCAUAUUAUGCCCCCUAGGGAUGAUUGGCUCCUGCUGCUAAAUAUUUAAAAAUAUUGUAUUUAGUGUUAACACUAAUUUUAUAGAAGAGAAUAGAACUAGAUAAUAGGGAAUAAACUCUAGAUAGAUUUAGAAUAUAUAAACAGGAUUUCCAAAAUAUACGGAAGGCUGAAAAGUUUUGAAAAAUGGUUAAGUGCAAUAAUAUGUAAAUCAAUGUUUUAUAUAUACAUUCAUUAAUAUCGCAAUACCAUAAUAAACACUUUGUUAAUUUUAUAAUCUAUAUUGAAAGGUCUAGAGCAAAUUGGAUAACACCAAUAAAACUUCCUGGAGAAGCUUAGCGAACCAAGCAGCAUCUGUGAAGAGAAAGGAAUUGCUGAAUGACAAAAGGAUAUCAAUCCAAAACCUUGACAAUUCCUUUCCUUCUACUGAUGCUUCUUAGCCGACUUCCAGAAGUUAGUUUUUUUUUGCUCCAGCUUUUUAUAGCAGUGUUUGGAUAAUACCAAUGCUGCUUUCAAUCCUUUAUGAUAUAUUCAAAGUAUUUUUCAGUAUAAAAAGUGAUAGUGAGUUGAUAAUUGCAUAAUGCUUUGUGAUAUGCCUUGGAGUGCAACUGAAACAUGAAUAUUAAUUUCAUCUUUUGGGUUAAACUAAUUUUAGGAAAUAUGUGUAAAACACAGGCAGGUCCUGUAUGAAUCAAUUCAUUUACAGUAAUUAAAAAACAGCUCCUUGUAUCUCAGUCUCUUUAAAACAGUUUAUAAUCAAGCCUUUUUCAUGUUCUCCAUUUCUUAUGGUUUUUUUUUCUAUGCGACAUCAGACUUUAAAAUAUUAAUAUUAUAGAGUGCCACUUAAGCUUUUUUUUUACAAAAAAUGAUAUGGACACAGAAUGUUUCUGUUUCAAUUAAUGUGAAAUGACUAUGGUCCAGAAAUAAAUAUAUUGUCUGAAUGUAAAAUUAUUGACAAAGUACUAUUUCUGUUGAUUACUGUUUCAUAAAGUUGCAAGCAGCAGAGAUGUAUAAAUGAUAUAACUAUUUAUGAAGAGUAAGCUUUUUCAUAUAUGUAUGAUUGUGUUCCCCAAAGCAAUAACUAUUUUAGUUGCACUUAUUUCAUCAUAAUUAUGUUGAUAAACAUCAAAAUUAGCAACUUUAUCUUGCAUUGUAAGACCCUCCUAUCAAAAUCAAUUUGAACAUAAUCAAGUUUUAAUGGAACUGUACAUGCUUUAGUUAAUGCAGUAUAAAUUAGACUUUAGUACGAGACUGGAAUUUUGGUCCAGUCUUAUACUUCCAUUAUUCAGUCUCACCUGAAGUUGAUGUGUCUCAAUAUAUGAAAAUAAAAUGCCAGAGUAUGGCUGUACACUGGUUGGGCUCCGUUAGCUAGUUGGAACAUAAAUUUACAUACAGUUCACCACAGUAAUGCCAACAACUUAAAAAUACUUUUUGGCCAAUUAAUCAGCUAUUUGUACAUAAAACUUUUAAUGGAGGUUGAAAAUAUAACAAUAUGAUACUAUCAAACAUCAUCAAAAUCUUUUCUAUCAAGUUCUGCAGAUAAUAAUUCAUGAAUUGUCAUUUUGUGUGGUGCAAGUACACAAACUUUGUUUUCUCAGCAUCUACCAGAUUGAUUAUGAAAAUAUAUAUUUUGUUAUUUACACUCUUAUUUGUGUCUUACUCUGUAGACCUCUACAUACCAGGACAAAUGUCAAAGUGGAAACAAUGCAAAAUUUAAACCUGACCUAACCACAGCUAAUUCUGAACUUGUAGAUCUUUUUUCCCCUCAUCUGACCCAAUCUGACUUGUAAUCAUCUCAAUGAAAAAAAACAUAUUAUCUUGACCUGUUUAAAGUACUGAACGAGACUGGUUCUGCGGAAUCUGAUUGGAUAUGCUCUGAAAUAGAAUAUUUUAGCAAUACAUACAUCCAAAUCUGACAGAUUCAGGUAGUUCAGCUUAGGUGACAAGACUCUACACUAAUAGUCUUAUUACAGAUGGAUUUUUUUUUUCGAUCCUGGAUUAAAUGUCCUCUCAUUUCUAAAGGUAAAAAUCAAAGAUAGCAGCUACUCACAAGCCAAGGUGAAUAGCUUUGACUGAAGACAUAAUAGCUAAUGUAGCAGAUAAUGUAAUGGUAAUGAAAUAACAUCUGGUAAGUAUUUUGUUGUAACUAUUGUUCAGCAAUUCAUAAAUGAUUGCAUGGAAUUUUGUUGCAUUUUUGUGUCUGAACUUCUAAAAUAUCAUCUACAUUUGGAAGUCAUCUUGGCUAUUCAGUCUGCUUGAUUACAUUCAGUUUGGAUAUCCUUGACAUUUUAUCUCCUAAAGAAUAUUUUUCUUCCCCAGAUUUUUGUAUUCUUUUCCAGUAGGCUGCCAUCAAUCCCAGGGGAUCAUGGGUUUGCACCUCUGGUGGACUGUGUCCUUCCAGGGCACAAGCCUGGGCCGGAUGAUUUGAAGAACUAGCUGUCGCCCAUGCAGCAGGUUCCUCCUCUGAUGUAGUCCAAUGGAAGGGCAAGCGCCGAUACAGCUUGGCACCAGUGCUGUUGCAGAGGUUGCCAGAGUGAAGUUGUAAACAACAUUAAACUGCCUUAGGGACCCCAGCUCCAGAUUUCUUCCUCGGGGUUUACUUCCGAAGCCUUUCCCAUGGGUGGGUACGGCUGCAAGGCAGCGUAAGUUUAAAAUCAGAGUUUUCCUUCCAGGUGGGCUGCCAUUCAAGGCUGACGAGUCCCACCUGUCCGAACUCUUUUCUAUUACCUUUAGAUAAUGUCAGCAAAUGUUAUGUAUUAUUCUACAGGUGGUGUUGAUGUUACAUCUUAUUACCCAAAGGGUGACUUGUUUGUGGGAGCCUGAAAAACAAGUUUUACUGUUAGGAAGCUGAUGACACAGCUCAUUUUUCUGGUAUCCUAAUGCAUGAACAGGAGUAGAUAUAUUUCUGACUGCCUGAGCAAACAAACACAGGCAGUUGUGGUACUGCCUUGCUGCCAUAGCUGAGAUGAUCUAAAUCAGCAUAUACCAAGAUUUAAACAUAUAUCUUUUUAGGCUUGUGUAACACAAUUAACAGUGCAAUUUGUUUUCCUGUUUUGUGUUAAAGAGGGUAAUACUGGUGAUAUUCAUUAGAAAUUUGAUGGUAGAAUUGAGUAUUUUGUAAAGGGGAACUAAGAAAAUGGCUGCAAAUAGGAGUUCAAGAUGUACAAUAGGAUUAAUUUUGGUAUGUAUAUUGGAUAUAUGGAGAAAAGGAACAACAAGAGAUACAGACAAAGAGGUUCAUUAUUCAGAAAACAUUCUGUGUCAACUUAGAAUGCAGUGAGGUUCAAUGCCGAUAGCUAAUUCUGAUUACAUUUGUCCCUAAUAUGCCAAGUAUUUAUUGUCUAAAGUAUAUCCAAAUAUGACUUGGAUAAUUGGUUACAAUUUAGCUUAUUUGACUAUACAGCGUAUCAAGUUCUAUUUUUUUGGAAAAAAAACUUGGGAGUGUCUAUGCAAUAUGGAGAUAAAAUCAGUAAAUGUCAUUGUAAUCCUCAUAGAACACAACCUUUUCUAAAAUAAAAAGUAUAUGGUAUUAAUUAGACCAUAUUAAAAUGUUAUCUCUUUUGUAAGUACUUGUUGACAUUCGUGUAUAAAAGGAGAAUUAUUGUCCUUUACAGUCUAUUGUUUAUCCAGUGUUAUUGAUUUUAUAAUGUUAGUUGUA